AGUUAGCGGUUAGCUGUUAGCUGUAGACUACAUUCAUCUUGUAUUACUACAGUUAGUUAAAAGGGAACUUUUUCCACAUAUAAACGUGGCUUCAAAGCUUAAUCACAACUUAAAUAAUAUGGGUACGAACAUAUAAUUAAGUAAACGACCGACAGUUAAAAGAGAUCUCCCCAAAACAGUCUUCGACCGUUAAGUUAGCACAAUACUAGUAUAGCUAACGUUCGGUACCCAAACGUUUGUUAGCAUUGUUUAGAAACUGCUGCCAUGACUCUCGCAGUUGACCGGGAACCUAGAAAGACUGCGGGUAACCGCAUGUCAAAACUACUGGAUGCUGAAGAAGAGGAUGAAUUCUACAAGACCACGUAUGGAGGCUUCAACGAUGAAUCAGGAGAUGAUGAGUAUCAUGGAGAACAUUCAGACACAGAGGACGAGGUGGACAGCGACUUUGACAUUGAUGAGGGUGAUGAGCCAGACAGCGACCAGGAGGAGGAUGCACCUCGGAGGAAAGGUCGGGUUGUCACUAAAGCCUACAAGGAACCAAUUAAAGUGGCAAAACCCAAACCCAAAAGACCCUCAGAGGAACAAAAGAAGACUGAGAAAGUUAAAGUGGAGCUCAAACGGAGGAUUCCACAAGAAUUCCAAGAUUUUGCUGAGACUCGGAAGUCUGUGCGACAGUCCACCAGCGAGCACACCCGAAAGACCAACCUGCGCCUCCAAGAGCGUCAAGAUGCCCCGCGGAGACGGAGAGGUGCUCACCGGGACCGGCCUCUUACCCAGGAAGAACUGCUGGCUGAGGCCAAGAUAACAGCAGAGAUCAACAUUCGAUCUUUAGAAAAUUAUGAACGUCUGGAGGCGGACAAGAAGAAACAAGUCCACAAGAAACGGCGUUUUGAAGGACCAACCAUCCGUUAUCAUUCAGUCCUGAUGCCACUCGUCUCUCACUCGGUCCUAAAAGAAGAAAAUGUGGAUGUUGAAGGGUUGGAUCAGGACGUACCUCAGACUGCACCACAAAACCCCGCCACGCCGUCGCAGCAGCCUGCCGGGGGCCUGUGCUCCCGCACUUAUAUAACCUUCAGUGAGGACGAAGCUUUCGAGGCAGCCUUUGAGCACAGCGCACAAUCGAGUCCUCCGCUGCCCGUCCAGGAGGUUUGUCCGGUCACCCACAAGCCCGCACUGUACCGAGACCCAGUAACUGACAUUCCUUACGCUAACACACGAGCCUUCCGCAUCAUCCGGGAAGCGUACCGUAAAUACGUUGCCGCUCACGGAUUUCCAAACACUUCGGGUGGGGUGACGGGACUUGACUCCUCAGCAACGAAGGGUUCUCGCCAGAAAAUGUUGGUCAAGCAGAGUGCUGUAGCAACAUAAGUUAGUUUAAAAAAUAAUUUAGAAAAUGAGCCUAUACUUCUUUUUUUUAAGCUUAUUAGUUCUGGCAAAGUUGACUUGAUUGAUGACACUUGGAAAAAAACCCACCGGUCUCUGUCCACCACCAUGGGGUAAACACCUUCAAACUGCUGUCUACAUCCACACAAAGUAUCCUUGGCACCAGAGAUAUAUUGUUAACAUUCUGGGAUUCAGCAGUCACUGUGAUUUAUUGGUUACAGAUGUUGAAGCAACUGAAGGCAAACAGAAAUAUAUUCAGUGCUUCUGUUGACUGGAUACAGUAUGGAAUUACAAGAAGUAAAAGAUCAAACAUUACCACAGCCAAAUCAGUCGGUACAUUCCCUUAAACUACAAAAAAGCCUUACUUGUGCUAUCUCUGUGUUGAUGUGUUGAUUUUGUACAUGAAGGAAAUACUUAUCUCCCUAAAUUUAUUUUCAAAUUUUCGAGGCAAUAUGUGGUGAGUAAUUGAUGUACAACUAGUAAUUUUGAGGGUUAAGUAUUCCUUAAACAACCUGAUUGAUUCAAAUACCAGGUUGAGUUUGUUUUAAAAAUUAAAAAUGCCUUUUUUACCGUCAAUGUAUUUGGUUCCUACAAAUGUACAUAUUUCUCAACAAAAAUAAAUAUUUGAAACUUGAAA